AAACAAGCGCACACGCAAGCCAGAAGUAUCCCUCUGACAACUUGUGUCUUGAGGCCUAAAAGUUAAAUUUCAGUAAUUCAAGCGUUGAACGCGUCCGUACGGAUUAAAAAAGAGUACUAGAGUCUUUGUCUACGUGGUCGGAUUGUCAGUCGUUGUUUCCUGUCUCGAUCUCAGCACGUUUUGGUAAUUUUCACAUCGUUCAUUUCUGCAACUCGUUGUAUCUCGCACAUUUGUUUUUUUGUUCCGGAAUUAUUCAGCAUAUCACAAAGUAGAAAGCAUGGAGACCUUGUCGUACACUUGUUUGAGAAAAAGAAAGGCCGAAUCGGACGAACCUGUCCAAAAACGUGUCCGCCAAUUGCCCGUGGGUAACCAUCUCCCUCUGAGCCGGUUGCUUCAGUACACAAACAAGCAGCAAGUCCACGACCUGUUGCUGCAGUGCGUUCACAAACACCCUGAUCUGGCAAAGGACAUCCGCAACAGUCUGCCUCCGCCUUCGUUAGAGGAAUGCAUCGACACACUUCAGCAGCUGCUGAAGCAAUUGACAGACGCUUUCCCCUACGGAGGCGACGCCCGCGGUGACUAUGCGUACCAUCGCGUCAAACACGCAUACAUGGCCGUAUUCCAUGCGUUGAAUGAUCUUGUUCCCUGUUUCCUUCCGCCUCAUUCCAGUUGCUACAAAACGAACUUUGCCUUCCUUGACGCCGCUACAAACGUAAUCCACAAGCUACCCGAGUUUCACAACGCCAACUACAACGUGUACAAAUAUCAAGCCUACUACGAGCUCUCUGGUGCCUGGAUCGUCGUGUUGCGGCAACUGGAAGACAAGCCUGUCAUUCCCGAACUUCCCAUUCGGGAGCUGCAGGAACACAACAAAAAAUCUCAAAACCGGUUGCAAGAGGCGCUUGAUUAUGUGACUUCGCUUCAAAAGGACCAGUCUGUCUUCACCUACGACACUGGCUUUGGUGCGUUUGACUGGAAUUUGCAUCGCGCUUGAGCGAGCAAGCGACACAGUUUGUGCGUGAAUGUGAGUGUUCCUGUGUGUAAGCACAAGAACACGUGUUUGUGUGUGUGUUUAUGCGUGUGCGUGUGUAUGUUGUCGUUGCUCAUUCCUGCAUAUCUCCUCCCUUUUCUUCAUCUUUUCCCUCUUCCGUUUCCUUGCAUAAUCGUAUUAAACCAAACGCAAUAAACGUAACCGAUGUACACACACACACGCACACAUUUGCACUCGCAUGCCGGCGACAAGCAUAGGCUGAAAGAUCCAUAGAGUGCCGUGAAUGCCUUGUUUCCCUGUAGAGGCAUGGAUGAUAACGACUUGUUGUGUUUACCGUCCCUGCCUCUUUAUCUCGCAUUACUUCCACAGUUGCCGCACUUGCUACUACUUCUACUACUAUAACCAUCCAUUCAUCAUCCUCCGUCUCCAGUCUCCUCCUCCUCCUUCCCCUUUCCUACUUGGGCGCACCCGUUUCGCUUAGGGGUGUGAUCUCGUUCGAAUUUACAUACAUACUCUCAUGUGAACGGCUCUCAAGCACACGCACACAUGCAUUAGAAGAUCGUGUUCAUAUCUCGUUCCCUUUACACAUUCAUACGAUUUAAAUAAGUAACCCGACGAGGAAGCAGAUGACAGACAUGAGAAAGGCAGUCUUUACGGUGACUGUAUUUGCAACCUGAGGAAUAACGACAGCCCCGUCCUUCGGGCGGCCGACGGUUGCGAACCCGGGACGACGAGAAGACAGUGUGGGCAUCCGCUGCGGUGUAGCGCUUCCUGGAGAGUGAGGGACAGCGAAACGCUGGUCGGUGUACACGGCAGUCGUCGAUGUCGUAGACGAUGUCAUUGGGGCAGCAGCCGGAGCGGCAGCAACACGUUCUGAGCUUCCACUGCGACGAGCAGUGGAUGUGGCAGGGGCAGGCACCUUUGCUGCGACAGUAGCGGGAGCAGGAGCUGGUUCUCCUGUGGCAGGAGCCGCACGUUCUGUUGUGUGUUCAGACGCAGGAGCCGAGGUUGCUGCUGCAGAAGCUGCACCGGCGGCGUCACCGUACGCGCAGCGAAUCUUUUUUUCAUGAAUAUCGUUCUUGUCGACUUGGGGCCACUGCAGUUGUUAGUAAGGCACGAACGGGGUGUGAGAGGUAUGGGGAGGAGCACGGGGGAGGAGCACGGAGGGUACGAAAUGCAAACGAAGACGCCUGGUUGGGUUUGUCGGUUUCUGUGUCACUCUGUCGUCUUGUCGUCUUGUCGUCUCAUAGUCCUCGUCGUCCUCGUCGUCUUCGUCGCCCACCUCUCCUUCUCCUCUCCUCUCCUCCAACUUACAAUCUCUGUGGGCUCUAAACCCGCAUGUUCCGGCUUCAGCUCGGUGCUCUGUACCAAAAACUUGUCUCUGCAUUUUGCGCCGGGUUCGGGCUCUGUGUCGAGAGCCUGAAGAAUGACUGCCACAAACUGUUAGCAUCUAGGAUACCAGAAACAACGUCCAUGUAGCAACA